AUGGUAGUCCGCGACCCCAACUUCUGGCACCGCUUCAGCGUAGCCGCACACCAAGACGCUGCGGCAAAAGAAGAAGAAGCACAAACACACACCUCCACAUGGCUCACAUCCGAAAUCAAGAAGAAGCGGCAACGCGCGUGGAUAUGCGGCUGUUUCUGGAUCUGUCUGCUUUCGCUCGUGGCCGGGCUGGUUGUUGCGGGGCUUGUUCUGCAUCGGAAGGGGAUUUUGUGA